CACAGAUACAAGUGAUGCAAGAGCCUUAUCCAAUCCUUCUGCUUGCUUUCAUUACCAUUCAAAUUUUCAAGAAAACAUACGGCAACUUCAAUGGCAGCAACUCUGCAGCUCUGCUCAUCAAAUCUCCUUAGAAAACCAAGCUGCAAUCUCCAUCAACUCUUCAUCAAUAGAAGAUCAGCAAUAUCGAUAGCUCUCUCCUCCACAGCUUUCCUGAACCAAAAUGCUGCUGCUUCUGCAUUUGAGCUGAGAUUCACAGUCCCUGACCAAACAGUGGAAGAAGCCGAAGCUGUUAUAAGAAGCCAUGCUCAAGCUCUCCUACAGAUCAAAGCCCUCAUAGAAUCAGAGUCAUGGAGAGAUGCUCAGUUCGCGCUUCGAGAGAGCUCGAGCUACCUGAAACAAGAUCUAUAUACCAUAAUUCAAGGAAAACCGGGGAGUCAGAGGCCGUUGCUGAGAAAAUUGUAUUCAACUCUGUUCAACAAUGUUUCAAAGUUGGAUUAUGCAGCCAGAAGCAAAGAUGCUGCUGUAGUGAAGGAAUGCUACAACAACAUUGUUGCAACUCUCGAUGAGAUUUUCGCAAAGAUUUAGCAAAUCGUCGACAAAGAAUUAUAUAAAGGAGAGAGUCACCAGCACAAGUUGUUUUGUAUUGAAAACAUCUUGAAUUCUUUGAAACCACAGGCCUAGCUCCUAGUAUAGAGAAAGAAGAGAACUGCAGUCAAAAUAUCGAGGAAAGUUCAAAGUCGAGGAAUUUUUUUUAAACUUCUUAUAUAUUGAUUUGUGCUACUGACUGAUGACUAGAUAACAGUCUUUGGUUCUUAUAACAGGAAAAAAGAAAAAAAAAAUGCAUGAAUCUCAUACGUGUUUGUAUGGGAAUUUCUGCCAUCAUUUUCUGAAAAAGUAUCCUAAUGAUUGGGAAACCUAGGAAAGCAGAGCCUUGUGUAUUUUACAUCUCGGAGAUGGAUUCACAGUGUUUCGGUUGGUCAGUAUUGUGCAGGGUGGAUCUGAACCAUAUAAAGGAUUUGUAUCCCGCGAGAUACCAAAAGUCCUGAUUUGGGUAAGCGGGACUAAACGCAAUGUUAGAAGAUUUUUCAGUAAAUUGCCCAGGGUUUUUGCCAGUGCACCUUAGUUUGGAUGGAGAAGAAGGGCAGUUGUUCUUGAAUGUGCCUGCAAUGAUCAUCUCCUACAGUAUUUCAGACAAGGUGUUCAUAAAAGUAUGCGAUCGACAAUCUCCAGUGGCACCUUAUGGUUGUCUCUAUGGUUGGAGAAAGUUUGUAUUUUUCGGUCAUACUCUACUCUCUCCAUGAACUACUGAUGUGUGACAGUGAUGAGUGAUUUCUAUCUGCUAAUGUACGCAAUACUUGUAAUCUUGAAUUGUUAACAUUUUAUUCACAAAAAAAUUCAGAAUUCAUUUGGUAA